AUGUCGGAGCAUCCGUUCUCGCCCGCACUUCCCUGUUCGUCAGGGUCAACCCCCCCUGUUCGCGAAGAACAGUAUGUCCUGCCAUCCCUCGGCCCCCAAUUGCAAAAUUCUUGUCAAUCGGUUAUUGCCAAGGCUCCUCAUCAGGACGAGCCCCCCGCAGGGGUGCCCCCGUUAUUACGGCCGUUUCAGGCCACGUCUGAACUAUUAGAUCUGCCCCCAGACCUUUCCUGCAUCAUUCUGUCGGGAGACUUUAGUUUAGAACUGUAUGAGGAGGAAGAACAGGCCGUCGACGAGCUAGUCACUGGACUGGAGUCAGAGUCCUCUGCUCCAGAUCAGACACAGUUGGCUGACUACCUAGUUCCAUUCUUCUCCCUGGCCGAACCUCACAGCAGCUUGAUACAGGACAUCUAG